AUGCUGUCGACAACAACGAAAGACUACCAAGUUACUCGCGGCCGGCUUGCUUCUCUUUUCAUGCCUUCCACGACACAGGAUUUCAAUAACUACUCGUCAUCUGAAUCACAAAGACGAAAGCCCAAACGCAGAACCUUGAUGCCUCGAUUCAUUUGCUAUGCUAGGGAGAACCUGUUCAACUCUACUGUGUCAGCCGACUCUAAUGAGGCGCUACAUCUUCUUUGGAAUGGUUGGCGUAGACGCCGCUGCUCGUCGAGAGGAUCAUAUCUUUUGAUGCAUGAAUCCCAUAAAUUGGUUUCUAAACUCUACUUGAUUUACUUUCAGGAUCAUCAAACUCAAUCGGAGAAAGAAAAUGUGCCAGCGUCCAAGCUUGUUCCACCUCAAAUUAUGUCACGUCGGAGAGUACUAUUCCUCCGUUCUCGCAAAAGUCUCCAUGCAACAGCCUUACGCCAACACGUCAUUGAAGAAAAGCGACUUAUGGAGCCAUCUUUAGACUUAACUCCACGUGGUGCACCCUGGGCAACGUAUACUCAUGCGGCAAAAAAGUCUAUAAACCGGCAGUUGACUCUUGAAUUCAAACUCUCACGGUCUACCGCAAGUCAUAUUCGAUCCCUUCCACAGUACUCACCUUUACUUUUUCUCUACCUUUGUGUCUGUCUAUCUCUUUUACAUCUGUGA